AAAUCACCCAGCAGGGGGUCAGCAAGUAGCGAGCCCGAUAAAUACCUCGAUGUGUUGAGGCUCUUCCGCUGUCUUCUUCCGCUAUUUAAUACCACAAUAGUAAACUAGACGACUUGUUUCGAUUACCCUUUGAACUCUGAAACCGCAACUCGUUUUCCUCCUUGGUAGAUAGACAUUCCGAGAUGGAACAGAUUCAGUUUGAAGAUUACCUUGCUAUUACCGCCAUAGUCUUCGAGUGGGCAGAUAGCUACGACACUAAGGACUGGGAUCGACUACGGAAUGUUCUUGCACCUACAAUGAUGGUCGACUACAGCAUCAUUGGCCAUGACUGCAUCCCCGAAAUGCCAGCGGAAGAGUUCGUUGAAAUGAUCAGAUCUCCCAAGCUCCUCGGCGACCCGCUUGUCCGUACCCAGCAUUUGAUGGGGGCCGCGAAAUACGAGCGAGUUUCUGAAACGGAAAUCGUGGGUCAUCACCAGAUUCGUGCCGCCCAUCAGCGCUAUGCAAACCUGGACCACACGGUGGUAGAUGAAAAAGGACAUGGACACGCAUGCGUAAAGCAUUGGUAUAAAAAGAUCGAUGGUUGUUGGAAGCUCGCUGGCGUCUGUCCUAGAGUCUAUUGGAAUGAGCAUAACUUUGACAAGAUAUUUCCCCAGUUAUCGGUGGAACAUUGACAGAAUGCGCAGUUAGUAUCUAGUUCAGUCAGUUAUUUUGUCUACUAGAUCGAGUUGAGAUGAUUGGAGCUUGACACAUGGGUGAAUUUUGAUAACUGUUUCCUGGUUAACACUAGUAUAUAGCUUGCUAACCUGUCUUAUGAGCACUUCUGAGGGAACAGUACAUUUCACAUGGGUGGAAAUCAGCGACCACUCGUGUAGGUAUGACAGCAACAGAACAAUUGGGACGUAUCCAAUUGAAGUUUCUCUGAGGGAUGCUAUCUGUAGGUCGCGAUCCAUGGGUCGAUUGAUGUCUUCGUUGGAACAAGGCGAAUCGGCCAAUGUUCUUCGUUAGUACGGCAGAAAGAUAGAGACGACUAUCGUCUACGAUACGUAUACGAGAUACAGAGAACAGAUGGAGAGGGUAGAACACUGAC